AUGACCGACUAUCCUAUUUUCUCAUUCGAAACGACGGCAGAUGAAGUAGCGACUGCGUUUUCUAGCGAAAUAAAGGGCAAGAAUGUCCUCAUCACUGGGACAUCUCUCAACGGAAUUGGGUUUGAAGCUGCUUUGGCUAUUUCCAAGUACGCCAAUUUGGUCAUUAUAACCGGCUACAACGACGAGAGAUUGAAGCUGUCUGAAGACGCUAUCAAGAAGGAAGUUCCAGGAGCAAAUGUACGACGACUCGUCCUUGACCUGUCCUCCCUUGCAGCCGUGCGCCAGGCUGCUGUCGAAAUCAACGCUUAUACCGAGUCUCUUCACGUCGUCGUCCAUAACGCCGCCGCUCCAAUCGCGCGGUAUAAACGCACCGUCGACGGUCUCGAGAAUCAGAUCGCGGUGGCCCACGUUGGCCCAUUCCUCCUCACCAAACUCAUUCUUCCUAAAGUCCUCGCAUCCACCAGCGAAACUUACACUCCUCGCGUGGUCUUCGUCGCGAGUAGUGCACAUAAAUACGGACAGGGCGUUAAUCUGGAGCUCCUCAAAACGCCUGACGAGUCUAAGCAUCAUCCGGGAUAUGCUUACCUCCAGGCCAAGUCGGCCAAUAUUCUUACCGCGAUCGAGCUGGCCCGGCGGGCAAAUGGAAAGCUCCUGGCCUUCAGUCUCCACCCAGGAAUCAUCGAUACCAACUUCAACCAAAAGGACGACGCGAUCCCCGUCUUGCAGAGUCUGAAACUGCUUGACGCUAACGGGAAGCCCAACACGGUGGACUUUAAAUGGAAGACUAUCCCGCAGGGUGCAGCAACUACCGUUGCUGCUGCAUUUGACCCGCGCAUUACGGCAGACUCUGGCGCUUAUUUGGACGACUCCAAGAUUGCGACACAGACUGUUUCCCCUCACAGCACCGACCCAGCGAAUGCUGAGAGACUAUGGACUGCGACAGAGGAAGUUAUAGGCGAAAAGUUUGAGCUGUAA